GCAAAUAAAAGAGAGGUGAUAAGGCAAAGAGUUCCUGCCGGCGGCGAAGGUUGGCGUUUCCGCAGCACAAAGCAGACCAACCACAGCUGGACUGGAAAUAAAGAGUACGAGACUAACAAGAGUGCUCUCUCGAGAGUCGAGAGGCCAAAGCGUCGUCGUUAUCAUCUCUUCCCCUCCUCCCACAGGCUGGCGCGUGGAGUUCAAACCUCAGCUUUUCCGCCUGUGCUCGGAGAUAGUAGGAAAUGGGCGGCGAUGGCGACGACGCGCGGUGAUGUCAUAACGAGAAACCGAAGAUCCGAAAGGGACGAAAAGGUUGCAAAAGGAGGAAAAAGAAACAAAAGAUCGCUCUGCUAAAUUGCUUGUUCUCCAAAGCAACGAAAUUCUUUUUGUAUAAAUAAAUAUAAAAGGAGAAGAUUGGAUGGCGUGCGCGGUAUCAUCGCUAGCUGCCCAUCGGUGUAGAUAUUGCGGCGGCUCGCCCCGGAUCAAGACCAGGAGUGGCGGCCACGCGUCCUCCUUGCUCGGCCCGUCCUCCGCUCUCUUUGGGGAUCCUCUUUCCUCCAGUAAUUUCGCAGGACUGGACUCAAGCAGGGAUGAGUUAAAUUUUAGAUUUCAUAUAAUGAGUACAAGCAGGGGAAGUGUCACAGCAUCCAAGGAUAUCUCCAAGUUAAAAAAUGGACCUGAUCAUCUUCUUGUUCUUGUUCAUGGCAUCUUGGCUAGUCCUAAUGACUGGAUAUAUGCAGAAGAGGAAUUGAAAAAACGACUGGGGAGCAAUUUUUUAAUCUAUGCAAGUUCAUAUAAUGCCUAUACUAAAACAUUCAGUGGAGUUGAUGGAGCUGGAAGGCGAUUAGCAGAUGAGGUAUUGAAUGUGGUCCAAAAAACAGAAAGUUUGAAAAGGAUCUCUUUUCUGGCACAUUCUCUAGGUGGUUUGUUUACCAGAUAUGCUAUCGCCAUCCUCUAUAAUCAAGAUAUCUUGAACAGGAGCCGGCACGAGAAUGUUAUCAGUUCUAGUACCAUAACUUCAGAAAAAUCAGCAUGCUCUUCAAACUUAGGGAAGAUUGCUGGCUUGGAGCCUAUUAACUUUAUUACUUUGGCAACUCCACAUCUUGGGGUUAGAGGGAAAAAACAGCUUCCAUUUCUUCUGGGAGUACCCAUUCUGGAAAAACUUGCUCCGCCUUUAGCUCCCAUAUUUAUUGGCCGAACUGGUCGUCAGCUCUUCCUUACAGAUGGUAAACCUAGUAAACCACCACUUCUUUUAAGAAUGACAUCUGAUUAUGAAGAUAACAAAUUUAUAUCUGCUCUUGCCUCAUUUAAGAGUCGUACUCUUUAUGCCAAUGUAUCAUAUGAUCACAUGGUGGGUUGGCGAACCUCUUCAAUAAGAAGAGAAAGUGAACUUGUUAAGCCCUCACGCCGGUCUUUGGAUGGCUAUAAGCAUGUUGUAGAUGUGGAAUAUUGCCCCCCAGUACCAUCUGAGGGUCCUCAUUUUCCUGCAAAAGCUGCCAGGGCAAAGGAAGUUGCCCAAACCGCAUCAAACACACAACAUACAGCAGAAUAUUACGACAUGAUGGAAGAAGAGAUGAUCCGUGGCUUGCAAAGGGUUGGAUGGAAGAAAGUUGAUGUCAGUUUUCACUCAGCAUUUUGGCCCUUCUUUGCUCAUAACAAUAUUCAUGUUAAGAGCGAAUGGCUUCACAGUGCAGGAGCUGGCGUUAUUGCUCAUGUUGCAGACAAUUUAAAACAACAGGAAUCUCAUACAUUUUUGGCUGCAAAUCUAUAGGCACUCAAAGCUAUAUUACUUAAAUAUAUUGUAAAAUAACUACAUAACUAAUGAAAUUAAAUCAUUUAUUAUGCACAUAGUAUAGUAUAUUAUACAUGUUGCUUCUUGCUGAAUUA